AGAAGUGGAGAGAUAGGUACGUACGCUCUUGCAGGCUAGAUCGCUAUAUACGCGUCCGUCUCGUGUUAGAGUCCCGCGGAUGCUGUCCUCCUCCUUGCUCCAUCACCCACAUGCCAGAGCCUCACACCUGACCUCGCGCAGGCCAGUAGCUAGAAGGCCCGCGGCAUCGAUCGGUCAUGCCAGCCGAGCUCUGGGCGCACUCGUCUGUGUCCACCUCCUCCGCGGCUUCGUCGCCCCCUCAUGGGGCGCCGCCGACGAUGACGACGCGGGGAGGCAAGAGCCGGCGCGGGGCGUGGGCGGCAGCGCUGGACCCGCGGGCAAGGUGGGCGCGGGAGUGGCACCGCGCGUACCUGCUCGCCUGCGCGGCGGGGCUCAUGGUCGACCCGCUCUUCCUGUACGCCGUGUCCGUCAGCGCGCCGCUCAUGUGCGUCUUCCUCGACGGCUGGUUCGCGGCUGCGGUCACCGCGCUCCGGUGCACGGUCGACGCCAUGCACGCCUGGAACCUGCUGCUGCGGCUCCGGGACGCGCGCGCGCCGAGGCGGGAGGGCGGCUUGGACGAGGAGGCGGCGCAACAGGGGAGCGGCGGCGGCGGCGCCGCCAUGCCGGCACAGGCGAGGUCCACGAAGGGGAUCCUCUUGGACUCCUUCGUCAUUCUACCGGUGAUGCAGGUGGUCGUUUGGGUGGCAGCGCCGGCGAUGAUACGCGCCGGAUCGACCACCGCCGUCAUGACCGUGCUGCUGGUGUCGUUCCUGUUCGAGUACCUGCCCAAGAUCUACCACUCGGUCCGCUUCCUGCGCCGGAUUCAGAACGUCUCCGGCUACAUCUUCGGCACCAUCUGGUGGGGGAUCGCGCUCAAUCUCAUGGCCUACUUCGUCGCCGCUCAUGCGGUGGGCGCGUGCUGGUACUUGCUCGGCGUGCAGCGGUCAACCAAGUGCCUCAGGGAGCAGUGCGCCCAGGCCGGGAACGGGUGCGCACCGUGGGCGCUGGCGUGCCCGGAGCCGCUCUACUACGGCGCCACCGCGCGCGGCCUUGACGCGGACAGGCUCGCCUGGGCCGGCAACGCCAGCGCCAGGGGCACUUGCCUCGACAGCGGCGACAACUACCAGUACGGGGCUUACAAGUGGACCGUCAUGCUGGUGGCCAACCCGAGCAGGCUCGAGAGGAUUCUGCUCCCCAUCUUCUGGGGGUUAAUGACUCUCAGCACGUUUGGGAAUUUGGAGAGCACAACGGAGUGGCUGGAGAUUGUGUUCAACAUCAUCACCAUCACCGGCGGACUAAUUCUCGUGACUAUGCUCAUAGGAAACAUCAAGGUGUUCCUGAACGCGACGACGUCCAAGAAUCAGGCGAUGCACACGAGGCUGCGGGGCAUGGAGCUUUGGAUGAAGCGCAAGAACCUGCCGCGGAGCAUCCGGCAGCGGGUGAGGCAGUACGAGCGGCAGCGGUGGGCGGCCACGCGCGGCGUGGACGAGUGCCGCAUCAUCCGGGACCUGCCCGAGGGGCUCCGCAGGGACAUCAAGUACCACCUCUGCCUCGACCUCGUCCGCCAGGUGCCGCUGUUCCAGCACAUGGACGAUCUGGUGCUCGAGAACAUCUGCGACAGGGUCAAGUCCCUCAUAUUUCCCAAAGGAGAAGUCAUCGUCAGAGAAGGUGACCCGGUGCAGAGGAUGCUGUUCAUCGUUCGUGGCCACCUGCAGAGCAGCCAGGUGCUCCGCAAUGGAGCCAUGAGCUGCUGCAUGCUGGGGCCGGGCAACUUCAGUGGCGACGAGCUGCUGUCGUGGUGCCUGCGCCGGCCGUUCCUGGAGCGGCUGCCGGCGUCGUCGUCGACGCUGGCGAUACUGGAGAGCACGGAGGCGUUCGGGCUGGACGCGGCGGACGUCAAGUACGUGACGCAGCACUUCCGGUACACCUUCACCAAAGAGAAGGUGCGGCGCAGCGCGCGAUACUACUCGCCCGGGUGGCGCACCUGGGCGGCCGUGGCGGUGCAGCUUGCGUGGCGCCGGUACAAGCACCGCAAGACGCUCGCGUCGCUGUCCUUCAUCCGCCCGCGACGGCCCCUGUCGCGGUGCUCGUCGCUCGGGGAGGAGAAGCUGCGCCUCUACGCCGCGCUGCUCACAUCGCCCAAGCCCAACCAGGACGACUUGCUCUGAGAUAAGCCUAUGCGACAGGAAGGCCUCAUGCCUGGGGUCACUGGGUCAGGUAGAAGCAAAACCAAAAAUAAGUUGUUUCUCCAGAGGGACUGGAGCUUAAGGAGGUGAACGACAGAUUGAACUUGAGCAUCUGCUCCAGGUGUACGCCAUGAUUGGUUUUAUGGCUUCUUCUGUGUUGCCCAAUUUGAAACAGCAUUUCUCUA